AUGACACGGGCUCUUCAACCGAUUGGUCGAGUCACAUGUGGUCUCCUGGAGAAGUCUAUCUCUGUUCACAAAGAGCUGCUUUGUUUCUUCUCACCUUACUACAAAGCCGCUCUCAAGGGCAACUUCACCGAAGCAACAACAGAUUCACUUCAAGUUGAUUUGACUGACAAGGGUCUCAAAAUGUUCGUAAGAUGGAUCUAUACUGGUGAAGUUGCCAGCCCGAGAUGUUUUCCUCGUUACUUCAGUCUGUACAUCUUCGCCGACCUUGUCGACAUCGUUGCACUUCGCCGUAUGAUCAUGACUCGGAUCCAGGGCUAUAGUGAGGACCUACCUGAGUACAGUACGGUCAAGCUUGCUUUGAUGAAUCUUCCGGAGUCCUCGCCAUUGCGUGCGUGGAUUCUGGAUGUCUACAUCAGCCAUUGGGAGCCGGCCUACGACGAUUGUGAUCCCUACCCAACUGAUACGGCCAGCGAUCCGGACAAUACGCUAGCAGCAUUCAUGUACCAAGUCGCAAGAGGCCUGGCGGUUCGUGAAAGUGUAAACACCGCCGGUUGUUUGUGUUGCUAUAGCGACUGCAAAUACCACGAGCACGAGAGCAAGGAGGAAUGGGAAGCAACAUGUGGACAGAUCGAGGACAUGGAGAUGCCAGACCAUCUGAAGUAGCCGAACACCAGCAAAUCCGACGAUGCGAUACGGGGGACAAGCUGGCGGUCUCGUUGCCAGAGCAAGACGCAAGACACCGCUCAGAAUGGAAAGGUCCAAGCCAUAUCAGCCUCGCAGUCCAAGACUAUCGAAGAGGUUGUAAUUUUGGCACAGCAA